AUGAACGACAAGUUCUUUGGUCGAGACAAUGUAUUGGAGGAUAUUUCUAAGCGAUUUUGGGGGAGCUCAGAGAAUGGAGAUGCCAUGACAGAGACUACACAAACUUCUGAUAAAGCCUUUCAGUGGAUCGUUCUGUACGGACUCAAAGGCAUUGGGAAGACGAGAAUUGUUCACGAAUACGUCUCCAGAUGGCGCGAUCGAUACGACGACAUUUUUUACAUCCCGGCAUCGGAUCCGACGGUAUUCGCCGGGCGAAUUGACCAAAUACAUGCAUGUGGGAGCAUCGGAGUCUUUUCACAGUGGCUCAAGAGUCAAACGAUGCGCAGACGCUGGCUUCUGGUCGUUGACGACGUAGUUGAGGAUACGGUAGAGCAGGCACUGAGUCUCCCGUCCCCUCGCUUGAGAACAGGCGAACUUGGGACUGGCCAUGUGCUUUUCACAACCUACUCGGACAAGUUGGCGAAGCUUUCACUAAACAGGGGAAAUGUUAUCGAGGUGCACUAUCUCGAAGAGGAGGAUUCCAAGAGGUUAUUUCUGUCGGUUUCUCGUUCACAACAUGAUGAAUGGGGGGACGAUAUACUCUCCAUGCUGCCUAAGUAUCCUAUUUCCAUUAAUCUGAUCGCAACCGCGGUCCUCAACGACAACCUGAACAAGACCGAGCUUCGAGCAGUACUCAGAGACAGUCGUGAGCAGGCCGAAUACAUGAAGAACGAUAGGAAAUUGGGUGUAGUAUUUAGGAUGAUGCAGAGAAAAUUCGAGGAAGACGGGCAGAAGUCUCUGUUCCUUGCCGUACUAUCUCAUCUUCACACAACUUCCCUGGACCUUAGGUUGCUCUUAGGAUGUUUGGUAGACCGCCCCUUUCAAAGUGAGCAACCGCGGAAGAGAUCCAAGUUCCUGAAGUUGUUCAAACCCAGUCAACCCUUGGUAGAUCAUCGCCCAGGGGCAAGCACUGUUGAGCGAAAUAGGGUCCAGCUCCGGGAGAUCUCCCCUCCCCUUACUACGGCUGGGUUGGGAUCGAUGGGCAGCUUGGCAUCCCAAUACGCGUCACUGUCAUUGAUACGACGCCAUGAAUGGUCGAUACACAUUCCGGACGUGUUCCGUGAUCAUAUUCGUACUCUGGCCAGUAAAUCCGACAAGGAAUUGUCGCACAAGCACUUUACUUUGAGUUUGGUCCUCGCGAUCGAGAUAACACUCGUAAGAGAGUCACUCUUCAGUGACGACCAAAAACUGGCUGAGAGCUUUGCAUCUCUUGUGAAUUCUCUUACCCGUCACGCAAGAAACCAUGAUCUUCAAACAUGGGAACAUUUCUACCUGGCUGAGCUCAACUUCCAGGUCGCGGCGUAUCUCUGCAGCAGGUCAUGGAGCUCUAUCGGAGUGCAGACUUAUAAACAGGGGGUGAAGCACUGGGAAAUGUCACACACAAAGGAUAAUGCCCAUUUCUUCGGCCACAUAGAGAACUACGGGCUGGCUCUUGUCGACGAGAGGAAAUACGAUGAUGCUGAGACGUAUCUGCGUGCAGCCUACGAUGGUCUAAGAAAGGUCGAGCGAAAGAACUCACCCGCUGUGAUUCGAGCGCGGCACAACGUUGUCAACAUCAAACAGGAAAAGGGUCUCUUGGCAGAAGCCGCCGAGGGAUUCAAGAAGAUGCUGACUGACUACAAAGGCAAGAUUGAGUUGGAAGACUGGAUGGGCCUCCGUUUGUCCUAUGCAAUGGCAGUGAAAGAUCAGGGACGAUAUUCGGAUGCCUGGAAGGAGCUUGAAUCCGCUUUGGGAGAUCUCUCUCGCCCAUCAAAAGCAAAUUCGGGCAACGAAGCUGCUAUUUCUGAAACUACGGCUCGCAUUUUUGUUUAUGAUGUUGCGCUGAUCUUGAUGAAUCUGAGCCGCCACAAUGAAGCAGACAAUUUGUUUCGGUGUGUCAUCAGCAGCACCGACAACAUGCUGCAAAGGGCCGUCACAGCCAACGACACAAUAUCAAAGCUAAUAUCUACCGUUCUAGCGUCCGGCACAGAUGACAGUAAUAGCCAAUGCGGCGAUGAACAGUUGAUCUUUGAUGCAGAAUUCUGUUUGGGUUUGUCAUUGAUUGAGCAGGAGCAAUACGAGGCGGCCGCAUCUCACUUCAGCCGGGUAAAGAAGGACAUGGACCGGCUGACAUCUCUGGGCGAGUCGGCCCUGCUCCUGAACUGUACCAACCGUACCUUGUUUCAAGAGGGCAUGGCCUUGUCAGCGUUUUUCUGCGGGGCCUAUGAAGAAGCAGAAGCAGGGUUCCUGAACAUCUGUGACGAGCUUAAAGAGCUUGAGAACAAAGCAUGGUGUCCUUUGAGAAUGGUUCGUGUGAAAGAAGGCCUUGCUAUGGCUAGGGGCAUGCAGUCAAAGAUAGGAAGGGGGGAUUUGGAGGCGGCGAUGGAGUUUUCAAAGAAGCAUUUCGGUCAUCAGCACCCGGAGCUGUAUAUCACGUUUCACAGAUUCGCUAUGGUCAUGGAAAAACAAGGAGAUAUAGGGACGGCGGCGCAGUGGUACUCGGAGGCAUAUCAUGGUCGUUUGAAAAUACUCUCGGAGCACCACAUUCUGACGAAACAGUCGGAGCUGAGUUGGAGAACCUGUUUGCGCUCAGAGAAGUAG